UCUCCACUUCUGACCCCUAGUUUCGUCCGCGCACAACUUGCUCAAAAUGGGCAACUCGCUAAGCAUAUUUUGUUCCUGGUUCCGCCGCAGGUUCUGGCCACACCAUUGGCAUCGUGCUCGUCUUGUCUGUGAGGCCUUCCCAGCUGGCUGGGCUCACCUCGUGGCUCCUGCACCUAUGCCUGCCCCUGGAACUCUGGGCUAUUCCCGAUUCCUCUUCUACCCUCAGCGACAUCCUGGGCCUUCUUUUCCAGCCAGGUGGGAUGGCGCCCCUACGAGGCUGUGUCUUCUCCCUCAGAACAGAGGCACCCCACCGAGGGUCCCGCCUCCUGUGGUCUGGAGCCCCCCCUCAAGGAAGAAACCCGUGCUGUCUGCUCGCAACUCCAUGAUGUUCGGACACCCCAGCACCGUGAGGAUCCCUCGUCUCAGAUGCAAGUUUAACCUCCGACUGCCUUCAUUAGAUAAGCAGGUGAUCCCAGCCAGGCUCCCGAAGACAGAAGAAGAGCCCGAAGAACCAGUGGAAGUGGAUCAGGUAGAGACUCAGGGGCAGGAGGAUGAGAAAAGGGGCCCCUGUAGCAAUGGGGAAGCAGCUUCCACCUCUAGGCCCCUGGAGACUCAGGGAAACCUCACUUUCUCCUGGUGCAGUCCCAGGCCCUUGGAGGGAAAUGUCCAUCUCAAGAGCUUGACAAAAAAGAACCAGAGUGACAAGGCCCAGGUGCAUGCAGUGAGUUUCUACUCCAAGGGCCAUGGAGUCUCCAGCUCACACGGCCCUGCUGGAGGCGACCGUGCCUGGGAGGUUGGUGAAGGCGGAAGCCAGCCUGCGCUGCCUAGCGCCGACCCCGCCAACCCCGACACUUGUGAUGGCAAGUGGCGGAGCGAUCCUGCGUUGGGUGCCACCUCGACGAAUCGUGGAGAGGUGGCGGAGGAGCGCCUCUGCCCCCCAGCGCACCCCCCACUCCCACUGUAUGGUGAAGGGACUUUUAUCCCGUGUUGGAAGACCCCUUCCACCGGGAUCCCUACUAUCACCCAUCAGCUGUUGAAUUCCACAGCAGCCAUUUCCACCAUCACAGCAAGGGCAUCUGACCACCUGACCUUGCAGCCCCCUUUAGGCCCUCAGCUCUUUGCUAUGGACAUGACCCCCGCUACUAACGCUGUGGCUUUCAGAUCUUCACCAAGCUCCAGAGUGAGUAGUCUCUUAAUUUCCCAAAUUAAAUGCACAGUAGAGGCACCCUGGAAAGACAUCGGCCUCCGUCUGCCUGGCUACAUUCAUAUUCUCCAGCCCCAGCUCUCGGCCCACACUUGGGGCCCCCUGAUGGGCAGCAAUGAAAAGCCUGUGUCCCCAGUGCCCCUGUUUUUCCGAGCCUUCCCAUCAGGGCUCCUCCAGGCACCUCCAGUUUAG